AUGGAAUCGUUAGACGAUAGCGUUUUUUCGGCCGUUCUUAAAUUAAAAAACUUUUGCAUUGAUGACGAUGUAAAGGAAGAAAUAGAGAAUGAAGUAUGUGAAAUGCAACCUCAAAAGCGAACAAAAGCUCAGAGGGAAGCUUUACGAAAAAGGAGAGAAAGUGCAGCAAUUUUCAACCGACUCGACGAAGAUACGUCGGUCAAUUUUUUAAGUGAUAAUAUUGAUGAUUUUUCGCGGACACUUUCCGACGAUGGCGUCGAUGACAAUCAAACAGCGACAGAACAAUUACACAUUAUUGAGAAAGCAAAGAAUUCUCUCGAUCAUUUCAAGGAAACUGUUUCCAAAUUUAAUGCACCUUUACAAUCACAAAUGAAUGCGUCGUGUUCUACCCCAAUAGACCAAGGGCUGGGCACACCAAAUGUAUUUUCUUCAAAUUAUCAUUCAAAUUCCUCAAUGACUUCAAGGGGGGAAUAUAAGAAAACACGUGCAUCAAGUUUAAGACCACCAACUUCUCUUUCGCGCUUGAAACCGCCAAUCCAGAAACGCUUAAAUUCUGCAGAAACGACUUUCCACGCGAUGAAUAAUUCAUCUGAGGAUAAUAAAUCUGCAUCUAAUUUGCCUAAUUCAAGAAUUUUACGUCCAACUUCCGUUAGACCAAAAAAAUGA